UCUCAGCACGAGCAAAAAUUUCAUUUUCAUUCGUUCUGUUAUGAAUCAUAUACGAAAUUCUUUGAAUACACUAUAAUUUAAUAUAAAUGACUGAAAUAGUUAAUAGUUAACACAGUGUCAAGGACAAGGAUAAAACAAUAUUUUCAAGAUGAAGUUUUUAUCAAGUAUAUUGGAUAAGAUGUCCAACAAGAUGUACUUUUGGAAUGAGAGCGCGGGUUCGCCUGGUGAUGCCGGCGACGGGUUGAAGCAACAGGAGCAACCCACGUUCGUGCACAAGCAACAGGAGAUACGCAAAGAGAAACGGUUGAGUUACGUAAGCGUGAGCGAGGAUGGCAGCAGUUCUGGACCGGACAACGACAAAGUGAAGCUGGAGCGGGGCGGGUGGAACAACAAAUUGGAUUUCCUAUUUUCCUGCAUUAGCCUUUCCGUUGGCCUGGGCAAUGUCUGGCGAUUUCCGUAUCUCUGCUACAAGAACGGCGGAGGAGCUUUUUUGGUCACGUAUACAAUUGCGAUGAUUUUCUGUGGCAUUCCAAUGUUUUAUCAAGAAGUGGCAAUUGGGCAGUAUUUGGGUUCGGGCGGAAUGACGUUUGUGGGUCAGCUGUGUCCUAUCUUCAAAGGAGUUGGCUACGCAACGAUGACCAUUGUCUUCUUGUUGGACGUCUACUAUUGUAUUAUCAUCGCUUGGACCUUGUUUUACCUAAUCAGCACAUUCAGUAUACUACCACAUCUGCCAUGGGCGCAUUGUAAUAACUUCUGGAAUACGCCAGCGUGCAUAGAAAACGCCACUCAGCAUCAAAUCAAUGCAACAAUAAGCAAGAGAGUCGCAUCGCCAGUUGAGGAAUAUUUCGAUCAUGCUGUGCUUGGAAUAUCAUCUGGAAUAGAAGAUAUUGGAGGGAUGCAGUGGUCUCUCUUUGUUUGUUUAAUUGUCGGUUGGAUAUUAAUUUACUCUAUCAUUCGCAAAGGUCUGCAUCAGAGUGGAAAGAUAAUUUGGUUCACAGCGAUAUUUCCGUAUGUUGUCUUGUUAAUCCUCUUAGGACGCGCCGUGACACUGCAGGGAGCGUCGGCUGGAUUAAUGUAUUACAUAACACCGCGUUGGGAGGAACUUCUUAGUCCAAUACCCUGGAUGGAUGGCGCGACGCAAAUCUUCUUUGCGUACAGCAUUGGUUGCGGAGCGUUACCUGCACUUGGGUCGUUCAACAAGUUUCACCACAACUGCUACAAAGACGCGUUAAUAACGUGCGUCAUUAACACGCUCACCUCGCUGCUGGCGGGUUGCGUGACGUUUUCUAUCCUGGGACACAUUGCUGAGGAAUAUGGAGCCAAUGUAGGGGAUGUAGUGAAGAGCGGGCCUGGUUUGGUGUUUCUCACGUAUCCCGAGGUGGUCCUCAAGCUCCCCGGCGCUGCCCUAUGGGCCGGAAUAUUCUUCCUCAUGCUGAUCAUGCUCGGGAUCGACAGUGAAUUCUGUUUGGUCGAGUCUUUCAUAACCGGCGUCGUGGAUAAUUGGUCGGAGACUUUGAGACCGCACCGCGACAAGUUUACCGUCGUCAUUUGCGUCGUUAUGUUCCUGCUCGGCGUUCCUAUGGUAACUCAUGGUGGCAUGUACAUCUUCCAAUUAAUGGAUUAUUACUCAGCCAGCGGAAUGUCAUUGCUCUGGGUGUGCUUCUUCCAAACAGUAGCAAUCUCGUGGAUAUUUGGUGUGGAGCAAUUGGCAGAUUGCAUUGAGCAGAUGAUCGGAAGCAGGCCCAAUAAAUUCUGGACACUCUGCUGGAAGUACUGUGCACCGUGCGUGAUGUUGGCAAUAUUUAUAUUUCAAUGCGCAAUUCAACCGCUUGUGUACGGUGGCGGGUACACGUACCCAAAGUGGGCCAACAUAAUUGGUUUCUGUUUGAGUUUAACUUCAAUGGCGUGGGUUCCCAUUUACGCUAUUUAUUAUUGCUUAGCAGGACCGAGCAGUAUAAUUAAGAAUUUCAAAAAUGGAUUGAAGCCACAAAUUAAACCACGUCGUAUAUCAAUCAAAGAUAAACAAAUGGGAAUGCUAAUAUCAGAAAGUACAGCAUCCGGCUUUGGAUUAGAACAAGAGGAUGAUUCCUAUAUUUCGCAAAUGCCAUAAUACUUUUUGCAUUUCGCUAAAGUAUAAAGAUAUAUUCCUAAUACUUUAAACUUAAUUUAAGUUCAUAGUUGUAAUAUAGUUAGUUUAUACAGUUCAUUUAUCAAAGUUGUAUAUAAUUAUUAACUAUUUGUAAGGAAAACAUGAGAGAAAAGAUUUAUAUAAACUUAAUAAAGUAACGAUGUGAUAAACAAAAA